UUUCUCAUGCGGCAGGCAUACGCGUAUGUAACGUUGGUAACAGCGCCCGCGGGCAGCGCCUCUUGAUGGAUAUCAGCUGUGCCUGUUUACCAUGGUGCGUUUGCUGACCGCCGUGGAGAUCGGUUGCAUCACUGUUCGUCUGGUUAGUAAUCAUGAGAGAACAGCAUGAGGUAUUCGUUGUAAUCCGCGAGCACUGCUGUGAACCCUGAAGCAAGUCUGCCGCAGUGGUGCUGUAUAGGUGUUCUGUGGUGGUGCUGUGAACCCUGUGAACUGUGGCAGUGUAGUCGGUGCAGUGGUGAUCGGUUCGUUGUCGGCAGCGCCGCAAUGUCGGACACUCCCAGGGACCUGGCGAUCCCCGAGGCCAACCAGUGCAUGUACACGGCAUGCUACUGCGAGGAGAACGUUUGGAAACUUUGCGAGCUGACGCGGGCUUGUCAGCUAGAGUUGUUGCCACACUGUUUCGUCGCCUUCGUGUCCAACCGCCGCCAAGCCGUGCCCAUCUGGUGUCAGAAGAGCAGCUCGUGUGCCGACGGCAUGUCAUUGUGGGACUACCACGUGAUCUUUCUGUACAGUCCGCCGCCAGGUCGCUGUGGACCUUCCCUCGUCUACGACUUGGACACGACGCUCAACUUCCCCGAGGAGUUCGACGUGUACGUGCGAGAGGCUUUCAGGCCGCACGCAGCCAUCAACCCCGAGUUCGUGCAAAUGUUCCGUGUCAUCAGCGCAGCCGAAUUUCUGGACAAGUUUGCUUCGGAUCGCUCUCGCAUGCGAACUUCAGAUGGAUCGUGGCUCAAACCACCUCCACCUUAUCCCUGCAUCCAGACCAACUCGUGUGAUAACAAUAUAGAUGAUUUCAUUAGCGUCGACGAAGCAGUAGGCAUAGGGAAGGUCUACACGUUAGUGCAGUUUGUGCAGCGGUUUUCGUAGACGCUCGCGGGUGGUGCGGCGAUCGUUUGUGCGUGUGUCCGUAAAACGAACAAAUCCGCUUACUUCGAAUGCUUUCAUGUGACGAAGCGCCUUCCGAGUCUUUUAAGUUAUGCGCAACUUAGAAUAAAGAAAUGCUUUUUACUA